UUAAAAUUAGAAGAAAUGAGCAUGGUACCUGUGCAAUGCGACGGCAAUAGUGGGGAAGACGAUUUGCUUUAUUAGGGAUUUUAGGUAGUUACGUAAAGAAAAAAAACAAUAAAGUCCAAGGGCAAAUAAGGUAUUUCAAAGACAGAAAUAUUUAAUAGGGGGAGAUUUUGCUUUAUUUGAGAGUAGAGAUGAGAUGGGUAGGUUGCAAGAGAUGUACAAUGUCCAAGGGUAAUUUGGGGUUUUCAAAGGCAGAAUUUUCUAAAUUAAAAAAAGGCCCUUUUGUGUUAUUAAGUAGUAUAGAUAUAGAUAGUUUUAUAUAACGAAAAUUAAAAUCAUUUAAUACAUCAUCGAUUUUUACUUCUAUCUUUUAGCUUUUAUUCUGUUUGAAUUUAUUUUCAAACCAUCAGUUUUUUGACUUCAUAUGAGACGAUCCGAAAAUGCAACUCUACGUCUCUCUACAGUCAAUGCAUGCAUUUGAAUUUUUAUAGGUGGAGGGACAGCAAACGUGACCAAUGGAAAGGUCAAAUGCUGAAUCAAGUACAACAGGUGAGUUGACCAACAAAUGGAUGGCAUUUGACCAAGGUUCGAACCAAAACAAGCCUCCAAUAGCCAGAGUCACUCCACCGGAAGACGACGAAUAUGACAUAACAAAAAUAGCUGAAAGGACCGCGGAAUGGCCUGGAGGGGCUACGGUAGCUUAUGCAAUUGGGGACGAGGAGCGUAACAAGAGGAGGAGCUCUUCAGCAUCAUGGAGGUCAUCUCGUGACAACUCUUUGUCAUCUGUCGAGCCACGAGUUUCCCAAGAUUUGAAAGAUGCACUUGCCACGCUUCAACAAACGUUUGUCGUGUCUGAUGCCACAAAGCCAGAUUGCCCGAUCAUGUAUGCUAGCAGCGGUUUUUUUACAAUGACUGGUUACUCUUCCAAAGAGGUCAUUGGUAGAAACUGCCGCUUUUUACAGGGAAAGGAAACAGACCAGAAAGAAGUGGAUAAAAUCCGGCAUGCAGUUAAAACAGGAACUAGUUACUGCGGCAGGCUCUACAACUACAAGAAAGAUGGCACCCCUUUUUGGAAUCUACUCACUGUCACUCCUAUCAAAGAUGAAAAUGGCAACACCAUUAAAUUCAUUGGAAUGCAAGUGGAAGUCAGCAAGUACACUGAAGGAGUGAAUGAAAAGGAAUUGCGACCAAAUGGAUUGCCAACAUCACUAAUUCGUUAUGAUGCUCGUCAGAAGGAAACAGCACUAGGUUCCAUUGUGGAGGUUGUACAGACUGUGGAACGUCCUCGUAAUCAAUACCGAUCUAGUCUAACUGAAAUUCAGGAGAAAAUUGUUGAAUCACCGCUUGUUGGACCAACAGAAAAUCUGAGCUUAUAUACACCUGGGAGAGAAACACCCCUAUCAGACAUAAAAGGCGAUUUAACCCGUACAAGCUCCUGGAAUUCAUCUCACCCAAAAUCCAGGAAAUCAAUUCGCAGUUCCUUAAUGGGGUUCAAAGGAAGGUCUUCAGUCAAUGAGCCAACUCCUCCAAUUAUUGAGCCAGAGGAGUUAAUGACCAAAGAUAUAGCUCGCACUGAUAGCUGGGAUCGUGCAGAAAGAUUUAGGGACAUCCGUCAGGGAAUAGACUUAGCAACGACCCUGGAACGCAUUGAAAAGAAUUUUGUGAUAACUGAUCCUAGGCUCCCUGAUAACCCCAUUAUCUUUGCAUCAGAUAGCUUCCUUGAAUUGACAGAGUUUACGCGUGAGGAAAUUCUAGGAAGAAACUGUCGAUUUCUGCAAGGUCCUGAAACAGAUCAAGGAACUGUUGAUAAAAUAAGAGCUGCUAUCAGAGAACAAAGAGAAAUUACGGUGCAAUUGAUUAACUAUACAAAGAGCGGAAAGAAAUUCUGGAAUUUAUUCCACUUGCAACCUAUGCGUGACCAGAAGGGAGAACUUCAAUACUUCAUUGGUGUCCAACUAGAUGGAAGUGGUCACGUGGAACCCCUAAGGAAUCGCCUUUCAGACACUACGGAGAAACAAAGUGCUAAGUUGGUAAAAGCUACGGCAGAAAAUGUUGAUGAAGCUGUUCGAGAACUUCCUGAUGCCAACUUGAGGCCAGAGGACUUGUGGGCUAUCCACUCUCAAUCUGUCUCUCCGAGACCUCACAAGAGGUACAAUACAUCUUGGAAAGCAAUACAAAAGAUCACUGCAGGUGGUGAAAUAAUAGGACUUGGUCAUUUUAAGCCUAUCAGACCAUUGGGAAGUGGAGAUACUGGCAGUGUCCAUUUGGUUGAACUGAAAGGUACUGGCGAACUUUUUGCUAUGAAGGCAAUGGAUAAAUCAGUAAUGCUGAAGCGCAACAAGGUUCAUCGAGCUUGCAUUGAAAGGGAGAUAAUAGCACUACUGGAUCAUCCUUUCCUCCCAACACUAUACACAUCUUUUCAGACUCCGACACAUGUUUGCUUGAUAACAGACUUUUGCCCUGGAGGAGAGUUAUUUGCUUUGCUUGACAAACAGCCUCUGAAAUUAUUUAAGGAAGAGUCUGCAAGAUUUUAUGCGGCAGAGGUUGUAAUUGGCUUAGAGUAUCUCCACUGUUUAGGUAUCAUCUAUAGGGACUUGAAACCGGAGAACAUAUUACUUCAAACGGAUGGGCAUGUUGUAUUGAGUGACUUUGAUCUAUCGUUUAGGACACAAUGUAAACCUCAAGUAAUAAAACAUGCUCCAUCUAAAAGAAGAAGAUCUAGGAGCCAACCCCCACCGACAUUUGUUGCAGAGCCAUCUACACAAUCAAAUUCAUUUGUUGGGACAGAGGAAUACAUUGCUCCGGAAGUCAUAACAGGAGCUGGCCACAGCAGUGCUAUUGAUUGGUGGUCUGUCGGUAUCCUGUUAUAUGAGAUGCUUUAUGGCCGCACACCGUUUAGAGGAAAAAACAGGCAGAAGACAUUUGCAAACAUUUUGCAUAAAGACCUAACAUUUCCAAGUAGCAUUCCGGUAAGUCUUGCUGCAAGACAGAUGAUUCAUGCAUUGUUAAACAGAGAUCCUUCCGCCCGGUUAGGAUCAAACGGUGGUUCCAGUGAAAUAAAAGAGCAUGCCUUUUUUCGUGGAAUAAAUUGGCCUUUAAUCCGUUGCAUGAUCCCUCCACCGUUAGAUGCACCUCUUGAGUUAAUUGAAAAAGACCCAAACACGAAAGAUGUACAGUGGGAGGAUGGUGCCUUGCUAGAAAAUUCUUUGGAUAUAUUUUAGAGCUGCAGGAAGCUAAAUGUAAAUCACGAAUAAGAAACAUUGUUGUUGCUCCUUCUUCGUUGUAUCUCGUCUCUUGUAUAUGUGUAACCAGCCUUCAUAUUUGUACAAAGAACAUGCCAUGCCCCGUAGGUUUGGCGUUUUCUUAUAGGUCUGUGGCUCUUAUACAUUCGGUCUUUUAGGCAGUUGUAUGGGUUGUUUAUUUUUCCGGGUUCACUCUCUCAGGUGACGUAUUUAAUUAUGUAUUUUUUUCAACUACUACACAUAUCGAAUGUCAUAAAGCAACAUAUGCAUAAGUAAAUAAUGAAUAAAUGUGUUGUGAAA